AUGGGCCUUCCACCGUUCUACGUCGUGGUGCACUUCAACAAGAUCGAGAACGAGAACGUCUACAUUGGUGGCGAAGUGAGAUCUACCGCAGAAAAGCCCUUCGUCCGAGUCGUGAUUACCCAUAUUGCGGUCCGCAUGCCCGACAACGACGACGUAUACUUCCGCUCGACCUCCCGCCUCGACAAGAUCUUCAAGCCACAUCUUCUGGACAAGGGGUACGACUUCGAGUACCACGUCGAUGAGACGGAAAGGCGACUCUGGAAGAUCAACAGUCUUAUUCCGCCGCCGUUUACGAGUGAAGAGGAGAAGGUCUGGUUUCGAGCGAACAAGCCGCUUCCGUACGAAGGGGCUUAUCCGCCUCAGACGAGCAAUGCGGCACUUUAA